UACAUGUUAUGUGAUGGCAGYCCWGAUCCUUUGAUAGAAAAUGAKCUCAAUACAUUCAUACAUCUAUGGAGAGAUGAAGCCAUUCCUGCUUCAACAAAACAUGUCCUGGAGGAAUGCGAAAAUACUCUAAAGCUUAUAUCUGAGCUUGAGUGGCAUGUAAAGAGCAGUGAACAAGAGCAGCCAUCAGAACAGGAACUGACGAGAUAUAAAGAGUCAGUAAAGAAGCUCCAAGAUCUCAUUGGAUUCAAGCUUGACAGAGCAACAAUGGAACUGCUUUUGACAGCGUUAGACAAUGUUGAUCCAGAAUCCCAGAACCUUGAAUACAUCACAAGUACAAAACACAUCACACUGUGUCUAUGGGGAAACACAGCUAAAAACCCAAGGUUGAAAUCAGUAUCAUUUGAUAAGCAAGGAUUCACUAUUGAAGUUCCUAAAUCACUAGCAGUAGGAGAAAUAUCAAUACGUGUACURCUGACAGCCUACGAUCACCUCAGCCCUCUUGCAAAGUCAUUUUAUCCAAAACAAAAGAAACUUCCAGAGGUUGUUGUUGAGGUUGUGCAAGAACCAGAAGAAGAUAAAAAAGAGGAAGGCGAAGAAGACCAGAAACCAUCAGAAGAAGACCAAAACAACACCAUAACACCCAAAUCAGCAUCAGUAGUCAGCCGUGGCAGCAAAACAAGCAAAGCUAAGAGUGGUCGUACUGGCAGUAGUAAGAGCAACAGAAGCCGUAAAGCCAGCGCAAAAAGUGCGAAGAGUCAAAGCAGUGAACAGACCAAUCAAAAAGAACCUGAGCCUGAACAAGAGUUAGCAGAUGACGCUGCCACCAAAACAGAGCAAUCAAUAGACGAGGGACCUCCGGAGAUCGCUAAUGUUGAUGAACUCAAAGUACAGUACCGUCCGUUUCGCUCUAUCACCCUGGUGUUUCCUACAUGUAGUAGUCACCGCUGUACCUAUAUAUUGUUUAUCGUCAUUUUCAGGUUGCCUGGAAAUGUGAUGUACUUUGAACAGCCUCAGUUGGCCUGGUGGGAACCAGUAAAGAGUCAAUGGAGAAUGGAUGGUCUGACAGAUGUCACGUACAAUGAUGAGGAGCGAUCGAUGUCGUUCAAGACAGCAGGAUUUGGACCCAUAGCAACGACUCAGGAUUUAUACCUUAACAUGCCGUUCCAGUCKUGGGAAAUCAGACCGCACAAGACAAACAGCUGUGUAUUUACGCUUAUUGCUGCCAUCAUUGAGAUGGAGAUAGAGGUUCAGGACGGUCUUUGCUGCCUUGGUCAACCUGAUGACAUCGAGGAAUUGUCACAUUUGAUCGGGAAGUGGAUGAAACCCAAGGAUCUUAUGGAGUCUUUAAAAGCUGCUGGUGUCAAUGUUUUCCCCGCUGAAGACGCGGACAAGUACGUCAGUAUCAACAAGAAGGACGAUAGGCUUGAGAAAGAGAUGUACCAAGAAAUGUCUCUCACAGCGUCAGCSUUUGCUUAUAGUUGGAGUAAAUGGAACGCUGAAUCAGGAGAAGAUAGGAUUGUACUGCAAACUACUGAACAACUACAAGAUGAGAUGUUAUUGGAGGUAAACAUUCUUUUUAAACGCCCAGUUUGCACCAUUAUGCUUUGCGCGGCUCUGUUAUUGUAA